GACGGACAGACAGAGAUUCCUUGCCUUAUAUAUGACAAAAGAUCAAGAUUUAUAAAUGGGCAAGGAUUCAGUUAGCAGUCAAAAACUUAAAGUAAAACCUAAGGAAUUUCCUUGUUGAUUGUUUGAUCCAAGAAUUGCAACAUUUAAUAAGUUCUCCUUUCAUUUCAUUUCCCUCCAUUUUCGUAGAGUCUUGCAGUUUCUUUCAUGUUAAAUUUGUGUUUUGGCCUUUUUCGCCUUUCCUAUGUAUUAGUUUUCUUCACCAUUAGGCAGGUUCUCAUCGUAGUGUAAAACAAAGUCUAACCCACUUGUAGACCAUGUAUUAACAGAAGGCAACUUAUUAUGCAUUUCCAUCCACCACCUUUAUGCAGAAAUAUUAGGAGUUAGUUCCACAAUAUAAAGAGUCAGUGGAGCUAAUUCCCCAGCCGGGUUUCAACAAACCAAUGCAGGAGACGACUUCAGAAGUCUCAACUUUCAUGUAUUCAUCUGAGGACGAUGAAAAUCCAUCAGCAGAUUAAUUAGAAAUAAAAAGAAUUGUUGUUUCCCUGCUGUGCUAUACUUGGUCAUAUUUUCAACAAACACACACACACAUGCAGAAAUCACACACAUUCUUGCUGAGUAAUAUCCCUCACUUACAUCCGACUCCCUUCAAUAUCUCUCCGUCUUUCAUAAGCAAACACACAAACACACACACACAUUCACAAUUUAACAUGAAACAAACACAGAACGAUCCCUAACCCUAUGUGCCAGGUGUCAAUUGCCGACACAAUAAACACCCUUUUCUCUGUGUCCACGCUCUGUAAGUUGUUUUCACGACUGCAAACCUGAUUGAAGCAUCCGGGUGUGUGUGUGUGUGUGUGUGUGUGUGUGUGUGUGUGUGCUGAGUACACACUUGGGUGCUACAUUAAGGAGCUGCUGGCAGUCAGCACAUUCCUCCUUCACCUAGUGCCUGUAACUGGACUGAACGAGAAGCCGGGGCCUCAGAAGAAAGAACCUGCAAGAGCCUGAUGUGUCACUGACCAGCUUUUCACCUCACUCCUAACAUACUCUGGAACAGACCACUACAGAUAGACAGUGAUAUCACCCCUUUGUUUUUGGAAGCACUACCACAAAUUGAGACUAACUAUCCGACAGAUCCACCAAACAUCCGAAUUCACCUGUGAACCUGUGCCACGAGGCAGAGCUGGGCAUCCGAUGGGGGAUCGGUCCGCCAGUGCACCGGUCACAUUAGGCUUCGUCCCGGCCGACUACGCCGUCUUUGCCACCAUGCUGCUGGUGUCCAUGGCCAUAGGACUCUUUCAGGCCAUGAAGAAGAGGAAGAACAACACCAGUGCCGACGAGUUCUUCACCGGUGGUCGGAGCAUGCCAGCGGUGCCGGUCGGGCUGUCGCUCUGCGCCAGUUUUAUGUCAGCCGUCCAGGUCCUGGGUGUCCCUGCUGAGGCUUCCCGCUACGGCUUUAAAUUCCUCUACAUGUGCCUGGGACAGAGCAUCAACUCACUGCUCACAGCGUACAUGUUCCUGCCUGUUUUCUACCGACUGGGCAUCACCAGCACCAAUCAGUACCUGAAGAUGAGAUUCGGCAGAGGGAUGCAGCUGCUGGGGAGUGUCCAGUUUCUUGUGGCGACGCUGCUUUACACGGGGAUCGUCAUCUAUGCCCCGGCCUUGAUCCUCAACCAGGCUACUGGACUCAACAUGUGGUUGUCUUUGUUUUCUACUGGGAUCAUUUGCACCCUGUACACCACACUGGGCGGAAUGAAAGCUGUGAUCUGGACCGACGUCUUCCAGAUCAUCGUCAUGUUCUCCGGCUUUGUGGCCAUUUUCAUCCAUGGCACAGUUGUGGCUGGCGGUCCUGCUGCGGUGCUGGAGAUCGCCAGGAAUGGGUCGCGCAUUAAUUUUGAUGAUUUUGAUGUUGACCCGCGGCGGCGCUACACCUUCUGGAGCCUCUCUGUUGGGGGUGCACUGGUCUGGCUGUCCAUGUACGGCGUAAACCAGUCUCAAGUGCAGCGCUACAUCUCCUGCAGAACAGAGAGAGACGCCCAGUGGGCGCUGCUCGUGAACCAAGUGGGUCUGUGCCUCAUCGUGAGCAGCGCGGUGACGUGUGGCAUCGUCAUGUUUGCACAUUACGCCAACUGUGAUCCGCUGAAGUCUGGGAGAAUAUCUACUCCUGAUCUGUACAUGCCAUACUUUGUAUUCGACAUAUUCAGAAGUCACCCAGGCUUCCCGGGUCUCUUCCUCGCCUGUGCCUACAGCGGGACUCUGAGCACGGUCUCCACAAGCAUCAACGCCAUGGCAGCGGUGACGAUGGAGGAUCUGCUGCGACCUCGUCUGGUCCACAUGAGCCAGAAGAAACAGAUUCUUGUUUCUAAAGGCCUGUCUCUCUUAUAUGGAGUCGGUUGUAUCACCGUGGCUGCUCUCUCCUCCCUACUGGACUGGGGAGUUCUGCAGGGAUCGUUUACCGUCAUGGGUGUGGUCAGCGGUCCGUUACUCGGUGUAUUUAUCUUGGGGAUGUUUGUUCCGGCAACAAACAGGCUGGGGGCACUCUCAGGAUUGUUGUCGGGCUUCUGCGUCUCUCUGUGGCUGGCUGUUGGUUCAACUUUUUACCCACCCAGUGAAGAGACCAUGGGUGUCUUGCCCAGCUACGCGGGCGAGUGCCAAUCUGGCAACGUCACCCUGAGCGUCGGCCCUAACCAGGACCAGCACUCCAUCUCCACCCCGCUUCACCCCGAAAACCAGGGCAGCCUGCAUAACUUCUACUCAAUGUCCUACCUCUACUUCGGUGCUAUGGCGACUAGUUCGGUUGUACUAGUUGGGCUGAUAGUGAGUUAUGCAACAGGACCAACAAAGAGGAAGGAUGUUAAAGAGGGUUUACUGUGGUGGGACCUAAAUAAAAAGCAAGUUGAGGUUCCUUCACAGCACAGAACUGGAACAAAGUCCAGGAUGUUUCCCUGUCUUAUGGAUGAUACAUGCUGGGAUACGCCGCAGACGCCAGCAGUCAAAGUGACAGAUAAACCACAGCUCGUGCCUUUGAGGAAUCUGCCCGAUGAUGAUGUGAAUGAAAAAGGGUUGAUGGGCUGAUGGGAAUAUUGAAUCACCACUCAGAGCAUUAUGUAAGAUCUUUCAUCCAAAUUAGUUUGUGUGAUAAUGGCAUUCUCAGCUCCAGUAGCAGUAAUAAUUUAUAGUACUGGUCUAUUUUUCUGUUCUGUAUCUUUUAAAGGAUUUAGGUUAUUACAUCUCCCCCCGUACUUUGAACUGUUUUAAAAAAAAAAACUUGACAGUAAGAAAGAAGCCCUUUAUUAUUGUGCUGAGGGAGAUAUAGACUGUAAUCAAAUAUGUUAUUUGAAUUCCUUUAACGUUGAGAGUCUCUGUCAUCAGGUCAUUCAUUCUGGUAUGACUCCAUAUCUGUAACAAAGCACACCUGCACCCUGCACUUCAAUCAGUGUGUGUGUGUGUGUGUGUGUGUGUGUGUGUGUGUGUGUGUGUGUGUGUGUGUGUGUGUGUGUGCAGACACUAAUUCAACUUAAUUCUGUUUUUGAAAUUGACCUUAAGUUACCUCUUUGCACCCUCUUUAUGACUCAGGUAGAAAUACUUGCAAGUGUAGCUUCUGUAAAGUGUGAGAUCUCUGAACCAGUUAUGACUUAAAUAUGAACAGCAGAAAACACAGUGAAGCUUCAAGAGGCAUUUAUUUUCUAAAGGUCAGAGGUCACUGUGCUCCCAGUCCACACAGCAAACAUCACCACGAAUAGCAGCAAAAAUACAAACAAAGCAAAGAAACAAACAGAGUGAGACGUCCCGAUGAAAGAGUUAAAUGAAUGUAGUGAAUUAAGUGAAUUGAUUUAACAGAAUUGACUUGGCCCCCGUUUGAUGCUAUUUGUUGGUGAAGUCACUGGUUGACCCUGGUUCCACUGGAGGGUUUGUAACAUUGAAGCAAACCAUUUUUAAAAUAAUAACAAAGCUUCUCGACCAAUAAAACACUUGCUCAGUUCAGUACCCUCAUGGGAUUUGCUGCUAACCGAAAUGAUUGUAUGGCUCUUCUCUACUUUUACUUUACUGUUUAUUGUUACACUGUAUUUUAAUGAAUCACAUUAUUUCAGGUUGUUGCCUGUUUAGCAAAAGUAGACUGUUUUUAUCAAAGGUACACACCUAAAGCACUUCUGUAUUUUAAAUAGGUUUCAUGGAGCAUGUUCAUUGUAAUUUAAAACAAAAAGUAAAAUAUAAUCUAUGUUACAACUUU